CCCCUCUCCGCUCCGGGCCUUGGUACGCCCCAGGGGACAGAUGUCUCGGGGUCUUUCACAUGUGGGAUGCUGCGGAUGCCGAAGUUAAAUGAAACACCUCCGGGGAGGGGCGGCCGCGAGCAGGCGCGGGGGGCGGAGAGCCGGCCGGGGCGCGCAGGUCCCGAGGCUGCGACGCGCGCGGGGGGCGCGGGAGCUCCCGGGGACAGCUGGGGAGACUCCAGGCCACCUGCACGUCCUGGCCCCGGCUGGGAAGGGUGUCGGCCGCUCCUCCUCCGUGCCGCCUCCUCCCAGAAGUCCACCAUGGACAGCAAGGAUGAGGUCAGCGACACGGACAGCGGCAUCAUCCUGCAGUCGGGCCCCGACAGCCCUGUGUCCCCCGCGAAGGAGCUGACGCACGCGGUGCGCAAGCAGCAGAGGGCCCUGGAGGAGCGGCUGGAGGCCUGCCUGGAGGAGCUGAGGAGGCUCUGCCUGCGGGAGGCGGAGCUGACGGGCGUCCUGCCAGCAGACUAUCCCCUCAAACCCGGGGAGAAGGCCCCCAAGGUCCGCCGCAGGAUCGGAGCCGCUUAUAAACUGGACGCGUGGGCCUUGCACAGAGAGGACCCGCUGAGCAGCCUGGAGCGGGAGCUGGCCCUGCAGCUGCAGAUCGCCGAGGCGGCGCGGCGCCUGUGCCAGGAGGGCAACCUGGGCCGCCAGGCGCGCCGGCAGCGGAAGCACGCGGUGCAGCAGGAGGAGAAGAAGCUGCGGGAGCUGCAGCGCUGCCUGGGCGAGCGGCGGCGAGGCAGCGGGGCCCUUCCCGCCCCGGCCCCUGGCCCAGGAAACAACCCAUCCCUCCCUCGAAAUCCACGCCCUCCUGGAGACCUCCUGGACAGAGGCGCCCCCAGGCUGGCCUCAGCUUAUCUCAGAGAGCUCAGCGCCUCGGAUGACAGCUCCCUGUCGGACGGGCUGCUCCGUGAGGAAGAGGCAUCUCAGGUGCCAAAACCUGCCCCAGAGUCCCCAGAUCCGCCUUCCCGGCCUCUCCCGCCCCAGAGCCUCGAGGGGCUGCAGCCAGCAGGCCCUGAGACGGGGGGCCUGGAGCGGGCCCCCAUCCAGAACAGCCCCUGGAAGGAGACAAGCCUGGACCACCCCUACGAGAAGCCCAGGAAGUCUUCUGAGGCCGGAAGCGAGUCCAGCAGCCCGGCCAGCACCCCGCAGGAUGGGCCCAGCGCCUCCAGCCUGUGGCUGCUGGAGCCCCCCUCCUACUACGUGGUCCCCGUCCGCAGUGUUCCCGGGCAGCAGCAGGGCCGCACCAGCGCCCCAGCCACCCCCGACAUGCCGGGCAGGAGGGGCCAGUCACAGCCCCGGAGGACCGACCCCUCCCGCGCGGGCCCCGAGGGCCGGGGGCGCAGCGCCUUCCCGCGGCGCCGCCCCACCUACUACACGGUGACGGCGCCGGAGCCCUGCUGCGCCCGCCCCGCGCCCCGCCCCGCCUGCCACCCGUGCUCCGAGGACAGCGGCUCCGACGCCUCCAGCCUGUCGCACCCCACGCCGCCCGGCAGCGGCAGCCCCGACAUCGCCAUCGCCUUCCUGCGGCCCCUGGCCCCGCCCGCGCCGCCCCGCGGCCCCGCCGGCCCCCGGCCCCGGCCGCCCCCCGCCUGCCUGCGGGCCGCGCGCUGCGUGGCGCUGGCCGAGGGCCGCCCGCCGCCCGGGCCCCGGGGCGACUGGGCCGAGUGGGGCCCGGGCCGCGGCGAGGACGCGGCCGCCCCGCGCCGGCCGCCCGCCCACGGCCGCGUGGCCCGGACACCCUCGCUGCGCGACAGCCCCGCGGGCCGCGGGCUCAGCAAGGCGGCCGUGUCCGAGGAGCUCAGGUCGUGGCACGAGCGGGCCCGGCUCCGGAGCGCGCGCCCCCACUCGCUGGACCGCCAGGGCGCCUUCCGCGUGCGCAGCCUGCCGCCCGGCGCCGAGGCCUUCGCGCGCGCGGCCCCCCGCGCACAGGUGCCCCCUGUGUGUGUGCUCCGGAGAUCGCCUGAAGGGGCUCCCGUGCAAGUGUUCAUACCUGAGAACGGAGAGGUCAUCAGUCAGGUGUAAGCCUGGGCUCUGGACGCGGCUGGCUGAAGAAAAGACUUUCCCAGCAGGGCUGAGACCGCCCACCCUUGAAGCCCUCUUCAGCUCCCCUCCCCCAUCGCAGGUCGAUGACCUGGAGCUGAGACUUUUUUUUUUUAAUACCAUUUUUUGUUCAGAAACCCUGGCCUGAGGAUUUAUAUUUGUGCUAUGUCCCCAAGAUCCCUGUAAUAUGACGAUGUCUUAUUCCCCGAAGACUGGCCUGCUGGACUCGAGGCCUUGCCUCUGACCAAUGGCAUCUGUCUCCAUGUGCAAGACGCGUGGCAGGAGAAGCCCGGCGGGCGUCUCCAACGCUCGGCCCCCCGGUUCUGAGAACUUCCCCAGAGGACAGCCCCUGGCCCUCCUGCCCCACUGCCGAUGGGGGCUGCACCUCCGUCCCCCGCCUCCCAGCUCUCGGGCCACAGGAGUGCCCGGGCUGGGGCACAUUCUCCCCUCUAUAAUGUGCUCUGUGAUGCACGCACCGAGGGUUAGGUUAAAGGUCAGUGUGGCCUGGCGGAGUCUUGUCUUGCUGGGCCCUGCUCUUUUCCUGACCCCGAGACUCCCCUGUAGGGGCCCUGGUCACUAUGUGCGCCCUCGUCCUAGGGCUCCCAGCAUCGACCCAGACUCAGGAGCUUUGGGUUGGAGGCCUCUCUAGAGCAGAGCAUCAGGAGGCCCUGGCCGGGAGCGGACCACCUUCUCUGGGCCUCGUGAGGACUUGCAGGCCCCCCGCUCCCUCUGACAUCCUCAUCGUCCUAAAAACCAACACUUUAUAUGUGUUUUUGGAAGGGCGCUCCUUGUGGCAUGUUCCCGUGGGCAGCGGGUGUCAUUGCUCCUCCUCCCGGUUGUGCGUCUGCCCUGAGACCGGGUUUCCUUGAAGGAGGGCGAGGCCUUAUUUUUACAGACGUGGGGACACGCGCCCUGCAGGGUGUUCAUGAAUCGUCCCAGCGCUGAAACUUGAGGCCUGGAAGUUGGCCAUGCUAAGACCGUCCGUGGUCCCGGCUCCCGGCGUAGGGCCUUUGCUGCCGGGUCAGAUCCCGGAAUACCGAGCCUGCUCCAGGGAGAGAGCCCCCGAGCUGAGGCCGGAAGGGGCCGGGCGUGGCGCGCGCUGAUUUUGCCCACGCGGCCGUCCUCUGUGGGACCAGGGCUACCCAGACAGCUCCAGGCUCCAAGAAGUUUGAGGUCCGACCUCGACAAGGCACAGUUCUCCCACUGCCCCGGGGCCGGGGGUCGGGAGGAGGGCGGGCCUGAGGGGACGCCUGCAUCCCUGUGCUCUUCCUGGCCGGCAGCGCCCCAGCUCUGCGUCCACCUGCCCCAGCGUGUUGACUCUGGAAGCUGUUCCCUCGCAGUCUGUGUCUGAGGCCGUUGUCCCUGUGCACAGCCACUGCCCCCCCCCAGACCCUGUCCUCCCGGAGCGCGGGGCUCCUCGGCCUGCACCCCACACGCCUGCGAGUCCUUCACGUUAAGUUAUUGGUCCUGUGUGGCGCCUGGUGCACCCGAGAAGCGGCUGUGGGGCUGGAGCCGUGGGCCUUCCGUGCCAAAUACUCCAAUAAAGUCUGUCUUUGUGAGGCCGGGCUGCUGAGGAAGGUGCUUUAGCGCUGACCUUCCCGAGCAGGGGGUCUGGCCGGGGUGCUCUGGCCAGGGCCCUGGGAGGAGCUCUCCGCAUCCCGGGCAGGAUGGAAGCGGGCGUCAAAGGUCCUUGGCUCCCCCGCCCCCGGGGCCCAGGGAGCUGGGCGCUGGGGGUCGUUCCCCGAGAAGGGCCCGGGACCGCCGCAGCCCGUGGGGUCUCCUCCGCGCCGUCCUCGGCGGAGGAGCAGCCCGGCUUCUCCAGAGCCGGACGGGGGUUCCGCGGGGCGGGGCCAGGAGCGGGGCGGGGCCGAGGGCCGCCUCCGCGCCGCCUGCAGGGGCCGCUGUGGGGCCCGGCGCGCGGCGCCCCCUGGAG